AAUGGGUACGUAACAUAUCAUGCCACUCCCUAUUGAAGGGAUAUUAUGUGAAUCUGAAAAAAAAAUCAGAUCCUUUUUUAAAACCAAGAUUUCACGGUCCCGGUUGGAAAUUAGUCAAAUUUACAUUGACAAAGUAUCUGACUUCCCUCCGGCAAAUCAAAAUUACACAUUUUCACUGCUCACUUCACUCCUCCUCCUCCUCCCGCCAAACACAAAAACAAGGGUUUAAGCUUUUACCCCCCCCAAAAAAAAAACCCUAAUCUUCAACCGAAACGCCGCCGUAGAAUCCAAAAAAGAUGAGUUUCGCGGCGUGUAAGACGAUGCAUUGCCCUACCGGCAUCGAAAACUGCGCCGCCGGCUUCAUCACUCACUCAGCCGCCGAUAAUACCACCCCUCAAAUUCUCCAUACAGCCGACGUGGAUUCUUCCGAUUGGCCAGCAGCCGCCAACAACAAGCCAAUUGGCCCUAUCCCGAACCUAGUUGUCUCGGCUGGAAACGUGCUUGAAGUUUAUUUAAUUAGGGUUAAUUCAUCCAAAGAAGUUAAACGUGGUGGCCUUAUGGCUGGUGUUUCUUCUGCUUCACUUGAACUCGUUUGCCAUUACAGGUUGCAUGGAAAUAUAUAUUCAAUGGGCGUGUUAACAGCAGGAGGAGUUGAUGGUGGUAAAAGAAGAGAUUCGAUUAUCUUAACCUUUGAAGAUGCUAAAAUGUCUGUUCUUGAGUUUGACGAUGCCACACAUGGGCUCCGGACCAGCUCAAUGCACUGUUUUGAAGGUCCAGACUGGUUUCAUUUAAAAAGAGGACGAGAGUCAUUUGACAAAGGUCCGAUUAUCAAGGUUGAUGCACAGGGGAGAUGUGCUGGAGUCUUUGCUUUCGAACAACAGAUGAUAAUACUCAAGGCUGCUGAGGUCAACUCUAGCUUAGUUGGUGAGGACAGUGCUUUUAAUGCUGGAGGUGCCUCAGCUCGCAUUGAAUCAUCAUAUAUCAUCACCUUACGAGAUCUUGAUGUGAGGCAUGUCAAAGAUUUUAUAUUUCUUCAUGGUUAUAUUGAGCCUGUCAUGGUUAUCCUUCAUGAACGGGAACUCACUUGGGCUGGGCGCGUCUCUUGGAAACACAAUACUUGUACGGUCUCUGCUUUUAGUAUUAGUACAACGUUGAAGCAGCAUCCACUGAUAUGGUCAGCCGUUAAUCUCCCUCAUGAGGCAUAUAAACUUCUUGCUGUGCCAUCUCCUAUUGGUGGAGUACUUGUAAUUGGUGCAAACACUAUCCAUUAUCAAAGCCAGUCCUCUUCUUGUUCGUUGGCGUUGAACAAUUUUGCCUUUUUUGGUGACAGCAGUCAAGAAAUGCCAAGAUCAUCUUUUAAUGUGGAGUUAGAUGCAGCUAAUGCGACUUGGUUGACAAGUGAUGUGGCAAUGCUAUCGACAAAAACAGGGGAACUACUUCUUCUAACGAUUAUAUAUGACGGGAGAAUCGUACAAAAGCUCGACCUUUCAAAAUCAAGAGCUUCAGUACUUACAUCGGGAAUUACAACAAUUGGGGACUCAUUAUUCUUUUUGGGCAGUCGCCUUGGAGAUAGUUUGCUUGUGCAAUUUACUUGUGGUCUGGGCGGAUCAAAUUUGCCUCCUGGGAUGCAGGAAGAGGUUGGAGAUAUUGAAAGUGAUGCUCCUUCUGCAAAGAGGCUAAGAAUGUCAUCCUCGGAUGCAUUGCAAGACAUGAUUAAUGGAGAAGAGCUUUCCUUGUAUGGUACAGCUCCAAAUAAUGCACAAUCAGCACAGAAGACAUUCUCAUUUGCAGUGAGGGAUUCCCUGAUCAAUGUUGGACCUCUAAAAGACUUCUCAUAUGGUAUGAGAAUCAAUGCGGACCUGAAUGCUACUGGAAUUGCUAAGCAAAGUAAUUAUGAACUGGUAUGCUGUUCAGGUCAUGGAAAGAAUGGUUCCCUUUCUGUGCUUCAACAAUCAAUCCGCCCAGAAAUGAUCACCCAAGAAGCUUUACCAGGUUGCAAAGGAAUUUGGACUGUUUACCACAAGAAUACACGUACCCAUCUCAAUGAAUCCUCAAGAGUGGCAGAUGAAGAAGACGAAUAUCAUGCAUAUUUGAUUAUUAGUUUGGAGACUCGUACAAUGGUUCUGCAGACUGCAAAUAAUUUGGAGGAGGUAACAGAGAAUGUGGAUUACUAUGUUCAAGGAACUACUCUUGCUGCUGGAAAUCUAUUUGGGAGACGCCGAGUUAUCCAAGUGUUUGCUCAUGGUGCUCGAAUUCUUGAUGGUGCAUUUAUGACUCAAGAAUUGAGCUUUAAGGCUUCAAAUGUGGAAUCUGGCUCGAGUUCAGAUAGUCCUAUUGUAACUUCUGUUUCAAUAGCUGAUCCUUAUGUUUUACUAAGAAUGACAAAUGGAAGUCUUCAGCUUCUUGUCGGAGAUCCAUCAUCGUGCUCUCUUUCAAUAACCGUUCCGUCAAUAUUUGAAAGCUCACAAAAGUCAAUAUCUGCUUGUACACUAUAUCAUGACAAAGGCCCUGAACCUUGGCUUAGGAAGACCAGUACUGAUGCUUGGCUUUCUUCUGGCAUGGGGGAGGCAAUUGAUGGUGCCGAUGGGGUAACCCAUGAUCAGGGUGAUGUAUAUUGUGUUGUUUGUUACGAAAAUGGUACUCUUGAAAUAUUUGAUGUUCCCAAUUUUAGUUGUGUUUUCUCUGUUGAUAAAUUCAUAUCUGGGAGGACCUACCUUGUUGACACCUUUAUCCAAGAUUCAGUCAAUGGUCUUGAUGCACAUUCGAAGAAUAGUGAGGAUGUUGUGGGCCCUGGACAGAAAGAGAACAGGAAGGAUGUGAAGAUAAACGUGGUGGAGUUGAUGAUGCAUAGGUGGAUAGGGAAACAUUCCCGCCCUUUUCUUUUUGGGAUAUUGGCUGAUGGGACGAUUCUAAGUUACCAUGCAUAUGUUUUUGAAGGUUCAGAGAAUUCUUCUAAAGUUGAGGGAUCUGUUUCAUCACAGAAUUCCGUUAGUCUUAGCAAUACAAAUGCGUCUAGGCUCAGAAAUUUAAGAUUUUUUCGGGUUCCAGUAGACAAUUAUGCAAGGGAAGAGAUGCCGUCUGGAACCCCAUUACAGCGAAUGAAUGUUUAUAAGAAUAUUGGUGGUUCUCAAGGAAUAUUUCUCACCGGGUCAAGGCCAUCUUGGUUCAUGGUGUUCCGUGAACGACUUAGGAUACAUCCACAGCUAUGCGAUGGACCUAUCGUUGCCUUCACUGUUCUUCACAAUGUCAACUGUAAUCAUGGACUGAUAUAUGUAACUGCCCAGGGAACAUUAAAGAUUUGCCAACUUCCAUCUUUCCUGUCUUAUGACAACUAUUGGCCAGUGCAAAAGAUACCAUUGAAGGGAACACCACAUCAAGUUACUUAUUUUGCUGAGAAGAAUUUUUACUCAGUUAUAGUUUCAGUUCCAGUUCUUAAGCCAUUGAAUCAAGUCCUAUCAACUAUAGCUGAUCAAGAAGUUGGCCAUCAGUUUGAUCCUGAAAAUUUAAAUUAUGAAGGAAACUAUCCUAUAGAAGAAUUUGAGGUGCGGAUUGUGGAACCAGAAAAAUCUGGUGGGCCCUGGCAAACGAGGGCAAGUAUUCCUAUACAAAGUUCUGAAAAUGCUCUGACUGUGAGGAUGGUUACUUUACUUAAUACAACUACGAGAGAGAAUGAAACACUUUUGGCAGUUGGGACUGCUUACGUGCAAGGGGAAGAUGUUGCUGCAAGGGGGCGUGUGCUUUUGUUUUCUAUAGAUCGAACUGCUGAUAAUUCUCGAACUUUGGUCUCAGAAGUCUACUCAAAGGAAUUAAAGGGUGCUAUAUCUGCUUUAGCUUCACUUCAAGGUCACUUAUUGAUAGCUUCUGGUCCUAAAAUUAUCCUGCACAAAUGGACGGGUUCUGAAUUAAAUGGAGUUGCUUUUUGUGAUGUUCCUCCACUUCAUGUUGUGAGCCUAAAUAUUGUGAAGAACUUUAUUCUUCUUGGAGACAUUCACAACAGCAUAUACUUCAUCAGCUGGAAAGAGCCACAACUUAAUUUAUUGGCCAAAGAUUUUGGGUUGCUUGAUUGUUUAGCAACAGAGUUUUUAAUUGAUGGUAGCACUCUCAGUCUUCUAGUUUCAGAUGAUCAAAAGAAUGUCCAGAGCGUGGACACCAUAACAUGGCAGCCCAACAUUGAGACGCACAAUAACAUGGAUGAGCCUAGCUUUGGUACCAUGAUAAGUAAUGAAUCUUGGGAACUUACUCCUCGACUCCAAGAGCUGGCUCAUGAGAUAUUCUACUAUGCUCCAAAGAUGUCAGAAAGUUGGAAAGGGCAGAAGCUUAUGUCUAGGGCUGAAUUCCAUGUUGGUUCUCGCAUUACAAAGUUCUUACGCUUGCAGCUGCUUCCCACUAUAUCUGAGCGAACUUCUACCACUCCGGGGUCUGAUAAAACAAAUCGCUUCGCUUCAGUGUUUGGCACGCUAGAUGGCAGCCUUGGCUGUAUAGCCCCUCUGGAUGAACUUACUUUUCGUAGGCUUCAGUCCCUGCAGAAAAAGCUUGUUAGUGCUGUUACCCAUGUUGCUGGACUAAAUCCAAGAUCUUUCCGCCAGUUCCGAUCAAAUGGAAAAGCUCAUCGGCCUGGUCCAGAUAACAUAGUUGACUGUGAGCUGCUAUCCCACUAUGACAUGCUCCCAUUAGAGGAACAGCUUGAGAUAGCUCAGCAGAUCGGAACCACACGGACUCAAAUAAUGUCAAACUUGAAUGACAUGAUCUUGGGUACAAGCUUCUUAUAAUGUAGCUCUAACAAGAAGAUCAGAAACUAAUGUUGCUAAUUUGGAGGAAGUGGGGAACUGGAGCAGUUCAGAAGUCAUCUUUGACCAGUUAAAAGCCUUCAGUAAUCAUCCUCGUGGAAUUGACUGGCUUUAAUAUCGAACAUGCUGUUUCCUCACGAAUCAUGAAGCCGGAGAACCUUGCAGGAAUCAUCAUUCUCGUCAAGAGCAGCGGCUGCCUCUUAAUGAGAUUGCCCAGAAUUCUUGGGGCUCUGUUGUUCUUGAUGGAUGUAUAUUAAUUAGGUGAUGUAUCAAUCCUAGGACCAUUUGUUAUGGACUUCUGCUUAAGAUGAAAUGUGAAGCUUGAUCCUCUAUAACCUAUCAUUGCGAAUCUUGUAGAUUAUAUUAUAAUGUUCAAGUGAUUACACCAUCACUAAGGUUAGGAAUUACCAAUAACACGAAGGGGAUGUAGAGCAGACAGGAAGUCAAUGUCAUGUUGGACUUAGAUUAAACGAGAAAGUGUACCUGAGGUGAUUUUUGUUUCUCAAAACCAGAAAUGUUAAGUGUGGAAAAUUCUAGUUUGACCAUUCUGCUGGUUAACAGUUUGCACC